ACAGGGGGCUGGGGGCUGUGCUCUCGCAGGUUGUGGAGGGGGAGGAGCGACCGGUGCUGUACAUUAGCCGUAAGCUCUCGUUGAGGGAAACUAAGUACAGCACCGUGGAAAAGGAGUGUCUCGCCAUCAAGUGGGCGGUCCUCACUCUCCGAUACUACCUGUUGGGGCGGGCCUUCACCCUCUGUUCCGAUCACCACCGCAUGAAAGAUACCAAUGCCCGGAUCACCCGUUGGUAUCUGGCUCUUCAGCCGUUUAAGUUCAAGGUGGUCCACAGACCGGGGGCACAGAUGGCUAUCGCUGAUUUCCUUUCCAGGAAUGGAGGGGGAGUGGUAGGCAGGCCGGAUGCCGCCCCGGCCUGAGCCGGGCGGUGGGGAUAUGUGGCAGCGGAGGCGUGGUCAAGCAUCUCUCCGGGGAGAGAGAAAGCGGAGACUGAGUCAGAGAGCAGCAGUCGAUGAAUUGGAGAGCCGAAACAUCCUCAAGCAGAGGAAUGACCAGACAGAGCAAGAGGAGAGGAGGGAAAUCAAGCAGAGGUUGAAUAGAAAGCUUAACCAGCGGCCAACAGUUGAUGAGUUGCGAGACAGAAAGAUCCUGAUCCAUUUCAGUGACUAUGUGGAAGUGGCCAAAGCUCAGGACUAUGACAGGAGAGCUGACAAGCCCUGGACGAGACUAUCUGCUGCAGAUAAGGCAGCGAUACGCAAAGAGCUAAAUGAGUUCAAGAGCAAUGAGAUGGAGGUUCACACGUCAAGCAAGCACCUGACAAGGUUCCACCGACCAUAGCGAGGUUUCUUCUGUGAAGAAUAUGCUAACGGUAUCUCUGUGAAGUCAAAAACCUCAGGAGGCUUCGUCCUGUGCCCUGGUCCAUGGGAACUCCAUGGAGGGCCUGAUAUUUGGGCGCUAGUGACCCUUGGAGGCUAUGUCUCUGGAGCUUCAGCCUGAAGCAGCUCCAAACUCCACUCAGUCAAGCUAGAUUAUUGAACCUUUAUUCUUUUUCAAGGGAAUCUUGAGGGAUAGUGGAAGACUCUUUUACAAAAAAAAAAUAAAUAAAUAAAAAAAAAAAAAAGACACUGACUUUUUUCUAAAUGGACUGUUUUUAAAUGGUCGCUUUUUGAUGCUAAUCGGGGAGGGAGGGGUCAAGCAUGUGACUCAUUUGAACCUUUUUCUACACCAGUGUUGGUGCUGUAGUGACACCCCAACCCGUUUCUGGGCUCCAACUAACACUUGAGUUUCAUAUCAGCUGUUAUAGAUGUUACUGUGAGGAAAGGAAAUCAUGUCUUACAUUUGCAAGGACUAUUUAUUGUCUGUACAGUACAAGCUUUUGAUUUUAAAGAAACAACAUCUGUCUUUUUUUCUGAAUGAAUGGAUGGAUGAUAGACUGAUAAAUUUCAUGGGAAAAAGUCUAUGGAACUGUACAGGAUUUGCUCCUCUUUGGGUAUAUACAGUGGCCCCAAAGUAUUUGGACACUUAAAGGGAUAGUUCAUUCAAAAAGGAAAAUUCUCUUAUCAUUUACUCACACUCAUGCCAACCCAGGCUUUUCUUUUUAAAAGGAUAUUUCAGCUCUGUAGGUCCAUACAAUGGAAGUGAAUGGUGGCCAGAACUUUGAAGAUCCAAAAGGCAUAUAAAGGUAGCAUACAAUUAAUCCACACCACUCCAGUGGUUAAAUCCAUGUCUUCAGAAGUGAUAUGAUCGGUGUGGGAAAGAAACAGAUCAAUAAUGAAGUCCUUUUUCACUAUAAAUCUCCACUUUCACAUUCUACUUUUGUUUUUGGCAAUUCACAUUCUUUGUGCAUAUCACCACCUACUGGGCAGGGAGGAAAAUUUUAGUAAAAAAUGACUUAAAUAUUGAUCUGUUUCUCACCCACACCUAUCAUAUCAAUUCUGAAGAAAUAGAUUUAACCACUGGAGUCGUAUGGAUUACUUUUAUGCUGCCUUUAUGUGAUUUUUGGACCUUCAAAGUUCUGGCCACCAUUCACUUGCAUUGUAUGAAUCUAUAGAGUUGAGAUACUAGAAAGAUAGAAGAAGUCUAAGAUAGUGUAAGUCUUACACAUCUAGGAUGGCAUGAGGGGGAGUAAAUCAUGAGAUAAUUUAAAUGUUUGGGUGAACUAUUCUUUUAAACCACAAUUAAAAAUCUAUGAAUUUGUAUGAUAUAAUAAAAUUAUUUUAA